UUAAUACGAGUGGACUACCGUUUGAAACGGCGGGCGGAGUAGGAAAAAGGCUUGUUUGUCACUGAUUUUAUUGAAACGAAAGGAACCCAAAACAAGCAAAUGCCAGUUGCAAUAACACCUGGCUAUCGCUACUGCCACAAGCUCAACCACCGCCUCUCCGCCUCAAUUUCCGCCCUCUCCACCGCCAAAAAACCAAUGGUCACUACCGCCAGCAGCUCCGGCACCACCAGCAACGCAGGCGCCUUCACCACCAUUAAAGAAACAGUAACAUUCGAAAAAGAAAUAAAAAAGAGCAAAUUCAUCGCCGUUGCUGGUCCCAUCUCUAACGAGCAGUCCGCUCACUCUUUCCUCAACCAAGUCAAGGAUCCGCGUGCCACUCACAAUUGUUGGGCUUACAAGGUUGGGGAUCAGUAUCGGUCGAAUGAUGACGGCGAACCUUCUGGAACGGCGGGGAAGCCGAUUCAUUCUGCAAUUGUUUCUUCAGGUUUUGACAGAAUCAUGGUGGUCGUUAUUAGGUAUUUUGGAGGAAUUAAAUUGGGAACGGGAGGACUUGUUAGGGCUUAUGGUGGAGUGGCCUCGGAAUGCUUGAGAAAUGCUCCAACUUGUCUUGUAAAAUCUAAAGUUCCAAUGGGAGUGGAAGUUCCUUUUGAUCUUUUGGGAGUUCUAUACCAUCAAUUACAAUCUUUCGAAGCUGAGGACAUCAAACAGGAUUAUGAUACAGGCAAAGAUGGGACCACCAUGGUUUCCUUCAAGGUUGAAUUCGAUCGAGCUGAGAAACUAGAAGAGGCUAUCAAAGCCAACUGUAGUAGAGAACUCGAAUUUUAUAAGCAUUGAAACUGACUUCACACUUCACCGUAAAGAUAGAUCCUGUCUACAAAAUUUCCCAGCUUUGGUUCAACAGAUUUAAGAUUGGUAUGUGCUGCAAAUCUCCUUUCGGAAAAUACAUUUGUUCGUUGCCUCACAUAUCGUACAUAGUUUUCAAGUUAUUGAUGGUGACAAUAAUAUCAUGGGAACCUUUGUUUUAUAGACUUGAUUACUAAGUUUUAGUUUACAUAGUGAGCUAUUCAUUUUUCGUGGAAAUGCAACUAUGAAAUUGAGUAGAGGAAGCAUAAAGUUUUAUGUGAAGGGAGGCAGGGUGAAAGAAAUAACUUUUUGGGACCAAAAUAGAUCUGUAUAUCUUGUUCUAACUACAACUUCAGAUUAGUGAAAUAGAUAUCAUGCUUAACACA